AUAUCUUCACACACAGUCAAUUGGUAUUUACUAUAUUAUUUUACACAUUCCCCUUUUCUAUAUCUGGUUCAUUAACCUCGAUUUAUUUGUUAACAAGAAAGUAAAGAAAAGCAAGAAGGAAAAAAAAAAAAUACGCAAAAAAUAGCAGCCAUUAAAACUUUGAAUUAUAUACAACUAUAUACUACUUAAAUGGACUUUGAAUUUCCAACCACAGAAACAACUUCUACUGCAUCAACCAUAAGCUCCACCACUAGCACCACAACUAAAUUCAAAUCAAAGCUCAGAUUGUUAAAGCAUGAAUUGAAAACAACUUCAUUUCACAGUAACAAUAAUUUCAUUGGAAUUUCACAAUCUCAACCAACUACCCCUACCUCGAAUCAUACCACUAGAUUUAGAACAAGUUCAGCUUCUUUAUCAACUACGUUACCUCUUUAUGAUGCUUAUGAAUAUGACCAAAUAGACCCUCUUGAUCAAAUAGGCAGUCCUUCCACUCCUAUGAAUCAUCAUCAACCUGAAGAAGAAAUGAUGAUUCCUCCACUACCACCUACUGAUUUUUCAUUCCACUCCCACCAAUCUUCUGUAUUUAGCAUAUACCCUGGCUUCAGUGAUGAUGAAAAUGAUGGAGAAGGAGGCGAUGAAGAGCUGCUCCAGAUUACUCAACGUGUACGAUCGUCCUAUGCUUCGUCAACUUCUUCCAUCUCCACCAGUGGUGACAAACGACAAAGCAUUAAAGAGAUAGUACAAUCUGAACAAGAAAAAGAGGUUACUGAGAAGCAAGCACGAGAGGAAGAAGUUGACAAGUUGGCCAAUUCAAUUUUGAAGGUGGUUAAUGUAGAUAAGGAUAUCCAAUGGGGGAUUUAGACCAUCCACCCACCCAACACAUGCUCUUCAUAAGCAACGGGACUUGUGAAGGACUUUUAUGAUGAUGAUUACUUUACGAAUUAUAGGGGAGGGUAGAUUUUUUAUGAUUUUAUUUAGUUCUUUUUUAGAUAUAUUGACUGGUUCAUUUAGUUCUAAUGAAAAAAUAGACAACCCAAGCUAUUUGCAAUUCAUGUAGAGUUAUUCAUAUUUCACCCUGGUAGCAUGGUACUGUCGGUCGCAUAAGUUUGCAGAAAUGUGCAAGACCAAAACAUAAACAUUACCUAUUCAACAUUCCCACAGUUUUUGUUGGGGGGAGGAGGGGAAAGACUAAAUCAGAUUGAAUUAAAGUCUGGGUAUGUAAUGUCUUAUUUUGUAUCUAUUUGGGUGCCAUCACCUUCUUACUUUACAACUUCUUAGGGGAGGUGGGAGGGGCUGCUCUUUUUUAUGCGGGGGUGACAUAGAUUUACUGCCCUAAUCAACCAAGAAAAUCUUGCAACAUUUAACCAAAAGAAGGCGUACGCCCGAAGUAAACAAAUGCAAAAAUUUUAGCAAUGGUGUUACACUCAG